AUGACAGCAACGUGCAGCAUGGAGGAGUUCCAGUGUGCCUACGGCCGCUGCAUCCUGGACAUCUACCACUGUGAUGGCGAUGACGACUGUGGGGACUGGUCUGAUGAGUCUGACUGCUCCUCCCACCAGCCCUGCAGGUCAGUGGAGUUCAUGUGCAGCAGUGGGAUGUGCAUCAAUGCUGGCUGGAGAUGCGACGGCGUUGACUGUGAUGACCAAUCGGAUGAGAAGAACUGCACUACGUCUAUGUGCACGGCUGAACAGUUCCGCUGUGGCACUGGACGAUGUGUCAGGUUGUCAUGGCGAUGUGACGGUGAGGACGACUGCUCGGAUGGCAGCGAUGAGGAAGGCUGCGAGAAACUGGUGAGCCCACCGUGUGCACCAGACCAGUUCCUGUGUGGGAACGGCCGCUGUAUUGGUCAGAGAAAGGUGUGCAACGACGUCAACGACUGCGGAGAUGGGACUGAUGAGCACCCACACCAGGACUGCCGUCCGCGCUCCAGCGAGGGCAACUGUAAUGAAAAUAACGGCGGCUGUUCCCAGAAGUGUCAGAUGGCCAGGGGCCUGGUCCAGUGCACCUGUCACACUGGAUACCGCCUCAUGGAUGAUGGAAGGGCCUGCCAGGAUGUGGAUGAGUGUGCUGAGGAGGGCUACUGCAGUCAGGGCUGUACCAACACAGAGGGGGGUUUCCAAUGCUGGUGUGUGCAGGGCUAUGAGCUCCGGCCUGAUAAGCGCAGCUGCAAGGCUCUUGGACCAGAGCCAGUAUUGCUCUUUGCUAAUCGUAUAGACAUCCGUCAGGUGCUUCCCCAUCGCUCCGAGUACACCUUACUGCUGAACAACCUGGAAAAUGCCAUCGCUCUGGACUUCCACCAUAGCCGUGAGCUGGUCUUCUGGUCUGAUGUCACCCUGGACCGCAUCAUGAAGGCCAACCUCAAUGGUUCCAAUGUGGAGGAAGUGGUCUCCACCGGCCUGGAAAGUCCAGGUGGUUUGGCCAUUGACUGGAUCCAUGAUAAGCUUUACUGGACCGAUUCUGGGACAUCUCGCAUUGAAGUUGCCAAUUUGGACGGGACCCACCGGAAGGUUCUGUUGUGGCAGAGCAUGGAGAAGCCCCGCGCCAUCGCGCUACACCCCAUAGAGGGUAAGAUCUACUGGACAGACUGGGGGAACACCCCCCGCAUCGAGUAUGCCAACAUGGACGGCUCCAACCGGCGGGUCAUAGCAGACACGCACCUUUUCUGGCCCAACGGACUCACCAUCGACUAUGCAGGCCACCGCAUGUACUGGGUUGACGCCAAGCACCACGUCAUAGAGCGAGCGGACCUGGAUGGACGCAACCGCAAAGCGAUCAUUAGUCAAGGUCUGCCACACCCAUUUGCCAUCACAGUGUUUGAAGACAGCCUUUAUUGGACAGAUUGGCACACCAAGAGCAUCAACAGCGCUAAUAAGUUUACUGGAAAAAAUCAGGAGAUCAUUCGCAACAAGUUACACUUUCCCAUGGACAUCCACACCCUGCAUCCUCAGAGGCAACCUGCAGGUGGCAGAAACCGCUGUGGCACCAAUAACGGGGGCUGCAGCCACCUCUGUCUGCCUAGCAACAAGACCUACACCUGUGCCUGUCCUACGGGCUUCAAGAAGUUGGAUCACCACAACUGCGCCAAAAGUCUUGACAAGUUCCUGCUUUUUGCCCGAAGGACGGACAUCCGACGAAUCAGCUUUGACACAGAGGACAUGUCCGAUGAUGUCAUCCCUCUGGCAGAUGUGCGUAACGCCGUGGCGCUGGACUGGGAUGCCAAAGAGGGUUACAUCUAUUGGACGGACGUCACCACCGACUCCAUCAACAGGGCACAGUGGAACGGUACCAAGCAAGAGGUGGUGGUUGACACCAGUUUGGAGAGUCCAGCAGGUUUGGCUAUUGACUGGUUGACCAACAAGCUCUACUGGACUGACGCUGGUACAGAUCGUAUCGAGGUGUCCAAUGCUGACGGGAGCAUGCGGACCGUGCUGAUAUGGGAGAACUUGGACCGGCCAAGGGACAUUGUGGUUGACCCUCUUGGAGGGUUCAUGUAUUGGACUGAUUGGGGGGCCAACCCUAAGAUUGAGCGUGCUGGAAUGGAUGCAUCUAGUCGCAUUGUAAUCAUCUCUUCCAACCUCACGUGGCCUAAUGGGCUGGCCAUCGACUACCAGACCAAACGCCUUUACUGGGCUGAUGCUGGCGUCAAGACCAUCGAGUUUGGCAACUUUGACGGCUCUGACAGACAGGUUUUGAUUGGCAGCCAGCUGCCACACCCCUUUGGGCUGACUCUCCAUGAGGACAAGCUAUAUUGGACUGACUGGCAGUCCAAGAGCAUCCAGAGCGCCGACAAACACACCGGGCUGGGACGGCAUACACUUGCUGAAAACCUGGAGAACCUCAUGGACAUUCACUUGUUCCACCAUCACCGUGAGACAGUGCAUAACCCGUGUGCAGUGAAUAACGGAGGGUGCAGUCACCUGUGUCUCCUGGCUCCAGCUCCCAAAGCCUCCAGUUGUGCCUGUCCUACUGGUGUCAACCUGCAGAUGGAUGGAAAGACCUGCACACAUGGGAUGAACAGCUUUCUGAUUUUUGCUCGGAGGACGGACAUCAGGAUGGUUUCUCUGGACAUCCCUUACUUUGCUGAUGUUGUGCUAGCUGUAAACGGCUCCAUGAAAAACACCAUCGCCAUCGGUGUUGACCCCAAAGAAGGGAAAGUGUACUGGUCUGACAGUACACUGAAGAAAGUCAGCAGGGCCAACAUCAAUGGCACGGCUCAUGAGGAUAUCAUCUCUACUGGGCUGAUGACUACGGAUGGCCUUGCUGUAGAUGCGCUGGGUAGAAAGAUCUAUUGGACUGACACAGGCACCAACCGAAUUGAGGUGGCCAACUUGGACGGCUCCAUGAGGAAGGUUCUGAUCUGGCAAAACCUGGACAGCCCACGAGCCAUCGCCCUCUACCACGAGAUGGGCUAUAUGUAUUGGACUGACUGGGGAGAGAAUGCCAAACUGGAGCGUUCAGCCAUGGAUGGCUCCGACCGUGUGGUUCUCAUCAGCAACAACCUGGGCUGGCCCAAUGGCCUGGCCAUUGACAAGGCCGGCUCGCAGUUACUGUGGGCUGACGCUCACACAGAGCGUAUUGAGGCGUCUGACCUGAGUGGGCUGAACCGCCACACACUGAUAUCACCAGUCCAGCACCCCUAUGGCUUGACCCUGCUGGGGUCGCACAUCUACUGGACCGACUGGCAAAGCCGCAGCAUCCAGCGGGCAGACAAGACCACAGGCAACAACAUCAUUACCGUGCGUGCCAACCUGCCAGGCCUGAUGGAUAUCCAGGCUGUGGACAGAGAGAAGCCGCCGGGUUUUAACAAGUGUGGGAGGAGGAAUGGGGGCUGCACCCACCUGUGCCUGCCCCGCCCCAACGGCACAUCCUGUGCUUGUCCCACAGGCAUCCUUCUAAAGGGGGACAGCAGGUCGUGCGACGACUCCCCGGAGACCUACCUGCUCUUCUCCAACCGUGUCAGCGUGCGCAGAAUCUCCCUGGACACCAAUGACUACACGGACGUACAUGUGCCAGCCCCAGAGCUGCACAAUGUCAUCUCACUGGAUUACGACAGUGUAGAUGGGAAGCUCUACUACACUGAUGUUACCCUGGAUGUUAUCAGGCGAGCCAACCUGGAUGGCAGUGGUAUGGAGACUGUGAUAAGCCAGGGCUUGAAAACCACAGAUGGGCUGGCGGUGGACUGGGUGUCCAGGAACAUGUACUGGACUGACACCGGGAGAAACACUAUUGAGGUUGCCCGACUGGACGGGUCGAGCCGAAAAGUUCUAGUCAACAACAGUUUGGAUGAACCGAGGGCCAUUGCUGUGUUCCCCAGCAAAGGGUACCUGUUCUGGACAGACUGGGGUCACGUUGCCAAAAUUGAGCGAUCACACCUAGAUGGUUCAGACCGCAAAGUCUUAAUCAACACUGACCUGGGCUGGCCCAAUGGACUCACUCUCGACUACGACACCCGCAGGAUUUUCUGGGUGGAUGCCCAUCUUGACAGGAUUGAGAGUUCUGACCUUAACGGGAAACUGCGUCAGGUCCUUGUCAGCCCAGUCUCCCAUCCCUUUGCCCUCACACAGUUGAAGCCGGUGUCCUCCCCUCUAACUCCUUUCUCCCGACUCUCGCAGCAAGACCGCUGGAUCUACUGGACAGACUGGCAGACUAAGUCCAUCCAGCGGGUGGAUAAACACACCGGCCGCAACAAAGAAACGGUGCUGCCCAACGUGGAGGGCCUCAUGGACAUCAUAGUGGUGUCACCCCACAGACAGACAGGCACCAACCUUUGUGGGGUGAACAAUGGAGGCUGCACUCAUCUCUGCUUCGCCAAGACCAACACCUUUGUGUGUGCCUGCCCUGAUGAGCCAGAUGGCAGACCUUGCUCCACAAUCUCAGGUUAUGUUCCGACCUCAGCAGCCCGAUGGACCACCACGACCACAGUUCCUAACAAACUCCCCAAAGCUCGCACAGACUCUCCACAGAGAGAACCUUCACUUCUCAACUGCACUGACAAGAACCUAAAUAUAGAAAGCUGCUUACAAAGCAACGUGGUGACUGCCCCCCAUGAGGAAGGUCUUCACAUCAGCUAUGUGAUCGGAGGUGUGCUGACCAUCCUGGCUAUUCUGAUUCUCAUUGCAGCCUUUAUUAUUUACAGGCAUAAAAAGUCCAAGUUUGCUGACCCAGGGGUGAGCAACUUGACCUACAGCAACCCCUCAUACCGGACUUCAACACAAGAGGUCAAGAUUGAGGCCUCACAAAAGCCUCCAAUCUACAACCAGCUUCGCUAUAAGAAAGAGGGGGGAGGAGAUGGAAGCUACACUAAGGAGAAGAUCCGCAUUGUGGAGGGAGUGUGUCUUCUGUCCAAUGAGGAGUUGUACUGGGACGACUUAAAGCAGAUCAAACCGUCUCGAGGGGGCCUGCACACAUGCAUGCGCACAGACACCGUGUCACUGCAGGCCAGCAGCGCCUCCCUCGAUGACGGGGAGACGGAGCAGCUCCUCCAGGAGGAGGCAUCUGAGUGCUCCUCCAUAACUACACUCACUCCCUCCACAGUCACCCCACAGCGCCACGCUCAGCACAGCCUGCCUGACACCGGCUGGGCCACUGCUCGCAAACCCUCCACAGAGAGCCAAGUGUGA